AAUAGAGAGAGGCUGUCCACAAAGUCUCACAGAGGCUGAAGGAAAUAGGAGGAGUACAUCAUGACUUCGUUCUGGUGCAUCUUAGCGCUCUUAUAACUGAAAAAAACAAAAACAAAAAAACAUGAAGAUGAAUUUGGCAUACACCCUUGUUUUCAUUCAGCUCUUUGAAGCCUAUGCAGAGUUAAUGUUCAGGCGUCUGAACAACAAUGAGUCACUGGAGCUCACCUGUUCCCUUCGGCAAGACCUCGGCAGCCUGAGGGGCCUCCACCUGUACCACCGCAGUGCCCAGAGCCAGACCACCGUGCUGUCCAUGACCGAGGGCGGCGAGCUCAGGGUCGACCCGGAGCACAGGGGGCGUCUGCAGCUCUGUGGAGGACUGGACUCCCUGCAGGUCAAUGUGAACUUAACCCACUUACAACAAAGUGACACAGGACUCUACAUGUGGGAGCUGAGCUACAGAGAGAAGGACAGCACUGAGCUCAUCCUCAGUGCUCAAAAGGUUUUCUUGUUGGUUGAAGGCGCUGGGAGGCCAUGCCGGUGUUCUCCCAGUUACCCCAUUCUGCUCCUGACUGUCUCUGCAGCAGCAGGGCUUGUUGUGCUCACACUCAGCUGUCUGGCCACAGUGAAAUGUGUAAAGACGAGGCAUCAUCAUAGACAACAACAACCUUCUGCUCCUAUCUAUGAGGAAAUGAGCUGGAAGCGGCAGAGCACCGGAAUCCCUCAAAAUAACAACGAGCCCUCCCCACAUCUGGAGGAAGACAACCCCCCUGUGUAUGCUAACCCCAACAUCCGGCAACCACAGGAGCAUUAUUACGCCUGUCCCAGACAGCUCGCCCUCAGAGCCUGAUGUGACUUUUAAUACUGAUCUAAUGGUACAGUGAACACAUACAGGAAAUAGCACCCACUUGGCUGCAAAAAUAAGAUGAGAGCUGCAGAGCAACACGUGUCACUCAUGGUGACCACUCAUACAGGAAAUAAGCAAGAUCUGAGUGUGGAGGAGCAAAUGCAGAGAGACAAGCACCAAAUAAUCAAAGGGCAAAUUUUUAACAGCCAAGAAAAAAAAAAGCUAUUUUAUUAAUAUUUGAAAGAAGCUCAAUAGUUCAUGAAAACAUUUGUUUCGGUGCAUGUCAUUUAACAAUCACAUUCUAUGAGGAGAAAGAGAUAUACAGAGAGAAAAAAAUAAAACAUUACAAGCCACUGACUUCUCAUUAAAUCUCAGUACAGACAUUUUUUACUUAAUAUUUCAAAAAAAAAAAAAAAAAAAAAAAAAAAAAAAAAAAGCAAAACAACAGCAAAAAAAAAAAACAGCCCUAAUCCCAUACCCCCGCCC